ACCAGGUUAAUGAUUGAAAAUAAUGUAUUUGAAGCUGUUGUCACCUCAAAUCAUAGCUAAAAAUAUCUUCAAAAGCAUGUGCAACAGGUGAAUUAUAAAUGAUGCAUAUGAAGGCAUUCUGGAGAAGGUCAGGACUGGGCGGCCCUUAAAGGCCUGGCAUUAUAAAAGAGAUCUGUGUGGAGAACAUGAACAUACUGGCAAAAUGAAGGUCCUUUUGCUCUUGGGAUUGGUGGCUGUUGCUCUCUGUGAGCCAACCAAAUUUGUGGGAGAUAAAGUCCUCCGUCUGACACCUGGAUCCGAGGAAGAUGUGACAGUCAUCAGGGAAAUAGGCCACAAAAUCAAGGUGGAUUUCUGGAAGCCUGACAAUCCUGACGUUGUGACCAUUGGCAUGAAUGUUGACAUUCAUGUUCCUGCAGCCCAGCUUGACAUGGUCUUUACCAUUUUACAGCAGAGUAGCAUGGAAGUUGAGGUCAUGUUUGAAAAUCUUCAGGAGGCUGUGGAGGCUCAGAUGGACGACAAGAGGGCGACAAAGGCCCAUGACUACACAAAGUACAACAACUGGGCAACGAUUAAUGAUUGGGUAGUCUCCAUCAGCUCCGCCAAUGCAAACCUGAUCAGCAGGCAGGUGAUCGGGAACACUUAUGAGGGACGUCCUAUGCACCUUCUGAAGAUUGGGAAGAAGACAGGCUCUACUAAGCCAGCCGUCUUCAUGGACUGUGGCUUUCAUGCCAGAGAAUGGAUCACUCAUGCUUUCUGUCAGUGGUUCGUAAAGGAGGCUGUGUCCACCUAUGGCAGUGACUCUGAGAUGACCAACCUUCUGGAUAGAAUGGACUUCUUUGUUUUGCCUGUCUUCAACAUCGAUGGCUAUGAAUACACCUGGACCAAUGACAGGAUGUGGAGAAAGACCCGAUCCAGGAACAGUGGUAGCAACUGUAUUGGUACUGACCCCAACAGAAACUUUGAUGCUGGAUGGUGCACCAUUGGAGCUUCCAGCAACCCUUGCAGUGAAACCUACUGUGGAAGCAGCAUAGAAUCUGAGAUUGAGUCCAAGAAUUUGGCCAACUUCAUCCGCUCCAACAAGUCCAUCAUCAAGGCCUACCUGACUGUCCACUCAUAUUCCCAGCUGCUCCUUUUCCCCUAUUCCUACAAAUAUGGGCUGGCUGCUGAUCACUCAGAGCUGCUGAGUGUGUCUCAGGGAGCUAUUGCAGCUCUGCGCUCCCUGUAUGGAACCAAAUACACUAGCGGCCCUGGUGCUUCGACCAUCUAUCCUGCUGCUGGUGGCUCUGACGACUGGGCUUAUGACCUGGGCGUGAAGUACUCCUACACCUUCGAGCUGCGUGACGAAGGUCGUUAUGGUUUCCUGCUGCCUGAGUCUCAGAUCAAGCCCACUUGUGAGGAGACCAUGCUGGCUGUCAAAUACAUCGCUAGCCAUGUGCUCAAAAACCUGUACUAAGAGGGAACUGUCUGAAAAAGCUUUGCUGUGGCUGUGCAUUCUGUGACAUCAAUUCACUACACAUCUCAAAAUACCAUGAUCAGUAAAGCAAUAAAACAUAGAAGACUGUUUGUUGAUUCGUAUCUGAUACUUAGUACACAAUGAUGGAGACAUCAGUUUGAAACAAGCAGUUAAAUGCAAUUAUCUAUUUAUAAUAGCACACAUCUAUGUACCAUGUACCAAAAUAUAAAGUGUCCCCAAAGAGUAUUUGGAUACUUGCGCACACACACACACACACACAAAAGUCUGAAUGUCAUUAGAUUAUAAUAUUAAUACACACACACACACACACACACAUGUUGGUGUUUGUGGUUUACGGGGACUAUCCACAGGCGUAAUGGUUUUUAUACCGUACAAACUGUAUGUGCUAUUGCCCUACACCAACCCUAACCCUAACCCUACCCCUUACAGGAAACGUUGUGCAUUUUUAGAUUUUCAAAAAGACACCAUUUAAUAUGUUUUUUUUUUUUUUUAAGCCUUUUUUUACCCAAGUCAUUAAACAAAUUUGUGUCCCCGUAAACCACAAAUACCAACCCACACACAUACAGUAUAUAUAAAGUAGCAUCUGCAAAAAAAAUGAUUUGCUGUUCUCAGAAUUGACUUCCCUUUUCAGAACCAUUAUUUUAUAUUUU